CCUCCGCCUCGGUUUCCAUCCUCCUCUUCCUGCUGCUCAACCUUCACUUCGUCUCGUUUGAUUCGAUCCACCAAUAGCCAUUUCAUGACACAGAGUUACAUGGAUAGAAGGGGUGGUGGUGCAGGAGUGCUCACCUUGGACACGUCGGCGCCUCUCUUCCUUGCUUCGUCCUCGAACUACGUCGGCACCGGUGGUGGUGUUUUGAAGCGCAAACAGCCAACGGACUCCAGCGACCAUCACUUGGGCACCGGUGCGAUCGAGUUCCCGAUCAGCCUAAACGCCCGGUCGCAUGCCGAGAUGGCGGAGGAGGCGCUGAGCAGCAAUCCGGCCGUUGCGGAUGAGAAGAAGAAGAAUACCAAUGAAACAAGCAUGGUAGAGCAGGUCGAUGAUGAAGAUGACAAAGAAGGCAGGAACGAGCUGGCAGCCAUGCAAGCAGAGCUGGCGCGCAUGAACGAGGAGAACCAGAAGCUGAGGUUACUGCUGAGCCAAGUGAGUGCCAGUUACAGCGCCCUCGAGAUGCAUCUGGCCACCCUGACGCGACAGGGGCACCAACGGAACAACGAAAGCUGGAAGGCACGCGAGGUAAUCGAGGUUAUGGGUGCAACGGUUGACGCCAUGAAUCGCGACCGGGAACGAGUCAUCUUCCCCAGGCACUUCAUGGAACUGGGUCCGGCCGCGGAGGAGGACAAGCCGUCGAAUUCAUCGACUGCCAGCCCCGGACGUUCGUCACCGCCACCGGACAAUCUUCUGUACAAGAAUGAUGAGAACCUUGACCCAAGUUGGAACACUAACAAAGCUCUCAAGUUCACCCCCACAAAGACUGCCGAGCAGACGCCACUGGCCACCAUGAGGAAAGCUCGCGUUUCUGUUCGAGCUCGAUCUGAGUUGACCAUGAUUGCGGAUGGAUGUCACUGGAGGAAGUACGGGCAGAAGAUCGCCAAGGGAAACCCAUGCCCGAGAGCUUACUACCGAUGCACCAUGGCUACCGGUUGUCCUGUCCGCAAGCAAGUGCAGAGGUGCGCCGACGAUCGUUCGAUCCUGAUAACGACCUACGAGGGGAAUCACAACCAUCCCCUCCCACCGGCCGCCAUGGCGAUGAAGUCGACCACCUCGGCUGCGGCGUCGAUGCUCCUCUCCGGGUCGAUGACCAGCACCGAUGGGCUGAUGAACUCGAACUUCCUAGCCAGCACCGUUCUCCCGUGCUCGUCGAGCAUGGCCACCGUAUCAGCGUCCGCUCCCUUCCCGACCGUCACCUUGGAUCUCACACAAGAUCCGAAUCCUUUACUGUCCAAAAGGCCACCUGCCGCCCAAUUCCACUUCCCCUUCCCCAGCGGCGGUGCUCCGCCUCAACCACAGUCCCUGCCGCAUGUCCAUGGCCAAAAGCUACUCAACCAGUCGGCAUUCUCGGAGUUCCAAACGUCGCCGCAGAUGGCCGCCUCCCAGUUACCGCAGCAAAGGGCACAACCGGUCGUGCCGCCGUCACUGACGGAGGCGGUGAGCGCCGCGACGGCAGCCAUAACGGCCGACCCAAACUUCGCCGCCGCGCUGGCCGAUGCCAUCAAGUCCGUCAUCGGCGGUGGCCAUCGGCCGCCCGUCAACAGCAGCGAUAACAUUAUGUAACAACAGAUUCAACUAUGCGCAUACAUUACAACUUUUUUCUUUGGAUUUUUGGGUUCUUUUUGUUAUUUUUACUCCGUUCAACCAUACAAUUGAGUGCAUGUGAAUCAAAGAUCGUAUCUUCUUUGUUUC